AUGUAUCAAUUGAUACACUUGUGCUCCAAGUCAUCACUGGUUGCCGCUCAGUGCGAGUUCACCACCGAUGCCGACAACCGGCACGGCUUCUGCACUUUGGAUCAGUUCUGUUGCAAAGGCUUUUCCGUCAAUAACCUGUGCUCUACUGGCGGUGUCUGUUGUUAUGGCUCUUAUGACUGCUCUUCCGGAUCAAAUCCCAGCGUUCAUCAAACAUACAGCCCGUGUCCGGAGAUAAUCACUCGCCAGCGAUGGCGGGCUAGGGAUGCGUCAAAUGUGGUGCCGAGUAUAGGACCGGCCGAACACGUCUUUAUCCAUCACACCGACGACGGAAACACAUGCUUUUCGGAGGACACGUGUGGCGUACGGAUCAGAUCCCUUCAGAGUUACCAUCAGCUCAACAAAGGCUGGACAGACAUCGCCUGGAAUUUUCUCAUUGGUUGUAAAAAAGGCAAAUAA